AUGUCUCCACCACCUCCAAAAGCCCCAGAGCAACAGCUGCACCUACCCCGGGCUCAUGUCUUCAUCACGGCCCUGGCGGCUGUGUGCGCCGUGAACCGUCCCCCACCAGGUGUUGCGUGGGAUGCUGCGCCAUGGCUCGCUGCACUGCUCAAGUUGCUGGAACUAGAACGCGAGGCGCUCCCCGCCGACGUGCCGCCAGAGGAUGUCGCGCAAGUUGCGACGGAAAGGGACAGCUGGAGCAUCGAGGAGCAGGACGCGAUGGCGCGCGCGCUCGUGCAGGCCGCCCUGGCGCCGCAGGAGCGUGAGAAGGAAAAGCCCAAGGUCGCGUACACGCCUGUUGCGCGUGCCGCGGCGCACAGCACCCUCGAGCUCCUUGGUUUGGAUGCUGGCGUGCUCCUUCCUCGAGCAGAGGUCGCGCUGGCCACCAUGCUGGCGGCAGUGGCGAACGAUGAUGCUAUCGACGAGGCGCGCAAGAAGCAAAAGGACGGGUGGGGCGGCGCUCUCGGGCGUCGGUUAGCAACGGCAGGAGGGUUCAUCGCAGGCGGUGUUCUUCUCGGAGUCACUGGAGGGCUAGCUGCUCCAGCGAUCGUUGCCCUGCUAGCUCCGCUUGGUCUUGGCGCCGCGCUCUCCGGAAUUGCCGCGCCCGUCGUUCUUGGAACGCUGUUUGGUCUGACCGGCGGCGGUUUGGCGAGCCGGAGAGUAUCACAGCGCUGGCGCGGUGUCGAUGAGUUCAGUUUCGUCGAGGUGGGUGCCAACAGCAAGCCGACUAGGGACGAGAUCGAGGACAUGAAGGCGCGUGAGGGCAAGGGCGAGGAAGUCGGGUCAGAGCUGCUUUUCGAGGCCCCCGAUGACGACGAUGCUGCCGCGAGGCGGGAGGUUGCGCGUAGCCGUCGCGAGCUGGAGAAUAGGCUGCAGCAACUGUCACUUGAUGCCGGAACGGACAAGAAGGAGGUCGCACAGACGCCGCCGGACACACCCGACAUUCGCGCGGAGCUCAAGGACAAGGUGCCAAGUCUAACGGCCACAAUUGUGGUGCCCGGCCUUCUGACCAUUUCGAGAAUGGAGGCGAUCAGCGCGUGGCGCGCUAUUUGCUCUCGCGAGGCUGCGCUGCCGUUUACUCCGCGCAAGCCCAUCGAGGCAGCGGCCGAGGGCGGGGAGGGCGCAACCACAGGCCUCAAGGACGGGCGUGACGUCUACGUCCUGCGCUACGAGCCCGAGAUCAUGCUGUCCACCGGGCGCGACCUCGAAUCAUGGGUUAUGACUCGGGUCAAGAGCAUGGCCGCAACGGAGGUGGUCAAGCGUACCGUGCUAAGCGCUUACUAUGCCGCCAUCGCUUUACCAAUAUCUGUAUACAAGCUCUCGACACUCGCACUCGAUAACUCGUGGUCCGCCAGCUCGCAGAAGGCCGUCAAGGCCGGCCGCCUUCUUGGAGAGGUGCUGGUGCAGCGCGUGCAGGGCGAGCGCCCCGUGACACUCAUCGGGACGUCCGUCGGCGCACUUACUGUCCUCCACGCCCUCCUCUACCUGUCCGAGCAAGAGACACCGCAGCUUGUCGACUCGGUGUUCCUCGUGUCACUCCCCUCCGCGCCCACGACAGCCGAGUGGGCGGCGGUGCGCAGAGUGACCGCCCGCCGCGUAGUCAACGCGUGGUGCGGGAGCGACUUUGUGCUCGCCUCCAUUGUGCGGUUGCAUGAGGUCGUCUCGCGCGGCGUGACGGGCAACAAUGGCGUAUGUGUGGCGGGCCUCGGGCCGGUGCAGCAGCCCGGCGUCGAGGACAUGGACCUCAGCGAGGUGCUGGGAGGCCACAGCGAGAUCAACACCAAGAUGGGCGAGGUGCUGCAGGUGCUCGAGAUCGACGACUAGACGGGAAUGGGGCCAGCUC